AUGCCUAGACUGGCGCCAAUAAACCUCAAUCCAUACCACUUUCCAUAUGCGACCAAGUGGUCCGCAUAUGGGAUGAAUUACGAUAAAACCCCUCAUCAUUGUGCUCCUGGAUAUCGGAUGUUCUUCGAUCAUUUCGAAGAAGAUAUUUUUAUAUGGAGGCCCUAUCUUAAACUUGAAGAUGAGGAUCCAACUGAAAGUGACAUGUGGAGUUCUACAACAUUCAUAUUUUGUUUCACUUUUGUUGAAAUACAUCAUUCGGAUAGGGUGAAACUCCAAUUCGGGAUUCAAUAA